ACGUACUACUCGCCGGUCUACCUAUCAGAUCCUUUUUAAAAUAUUGAAAAUUAAUAAUACGUUAAUUGGUGCGUGGAGCUCCAGUGUAAAUAUCUAUUGUAAUUAACAUCAAAAUGUGGUAUUUAAAGUUCGUUUUGUUCCAGCUAACAUUCUGUGGAUAAUAUCAUACAUGUAAAUACAAUUCAUACAUAAACAUGUAUUGAAUUGAAGGGCGGAAUCUCCUAAACAGUCUCAAGACCAUGGCCAAAGUCAACAAACUAGGAUUGGACGAUUUGUUUUUCCUCUAGGAGAUGGCGACGCCCAUAUUCCCACUGCUGCCCAUCCCCUGCAGUCAUCUGAGAUCAUCUAACAGAAAGCGUGCAGAAACAGCCCGUAUAAGGGAAAAGUGGUUUAACAGAAAAGAUUGUGAUGUAUUUGGGGAACACAGUGACAACAUCUUUCGGACAAAGCUAUUGCCACCUUCGUUAAUAAGGCGACAACUCACGAACAACAGAAAUGUCCGGAGUGCAACCUCAAUCGAAUGGGUUAGGAAAGACAAACCGGAAGUUGCAAGGUGGAAAAAAGAUUUUGAGGAGAAGUUUAAGAACCAAGUGUCAAAAAAGGCUACCACGAAGAGAUUAAAUUAUGCACGUGUUUUAUAUCCAACCACGCCUCCACAGUUAAAGCCAGUAACUGACCAGAACGAAUCGAACGUCACGCUGUUUUACACGACCAACACGCGGGCGCCUCCAAGGGGAAUCUCGGAGAUGAGAGGACGGUACAUAGUAGCACCAGGUUGGUGUUCGGAACACGUUUCUUGGCAGAGCUCCAAAAAUGACAAGACACUUUUAGAGAUGCACCGCCAUAGUUUGUUUUGACACCAGGGGCCUGUUCGUUUUUUAAAUGUAACAAUUUCGGGUAUAAGUCAUGGCGGACCUGCAAAUGUUUAUGCAGGCUUUUAAAGGCUUUGUCAAUGCUCGCCUAAAAGCAGCAUCAAAUUACUAGGCCCGACCUUAUUUAAUAAACGAACAACUGUGGUCUGACCGGUUCAACCAUUUAUAUAACAUAUCGGUUAUGUCCACACGUGUUAGACACAAGUGCAAUAACGGACGUUAUGUUUAUGUUCGGUCAUACUGGAUUAUGAAAGUUCAAACCGAAACGGAUACAAACAGUUUUGUCCUAUAGAUAAAUUAUUUUCUACCAGAAGCAGUCAUUAAGAAAACGUCUCAUUAUUUUGAAACAAUUCAAGCAGCUUUUUGAGAUAGUGUUGUGUAUUUGCAGUGGCUAGUCACCUAAUGCUGUCAUUUCUUAAUAAUCUGCGGCGUUUAACUUAUCAUUGUACUUCUAUGGUGAUUCCGUUUUCAGGACUCGCCUUUGUGGAUUUUUUAUAACAUCUGCAUGCUUCGAGAAUAACCACCACAUUAGUGAUUUUGUGUAUUUGUCACUAUUUCACACAGCUACAGUGAUGUUCACAGUACUAUUAUAUUGGCACAGGAAAAUCAAUUGAAACUAAACGGGCAAUUUGAAUGUUUUCCGUAGAGAUGUUGGUAUUGUCCCGUUUACUAUGAAGAGACUUCGAAGUGAAAUUUGUCUGAAUUGCAAUUCAUCUAGUCUUGCAUUUAUACUACACAAUAUCAUACAAACAGAUGUUGGUCAGCUUGUUGUACUUGAUUAAAUAUGUUAAAUUAUUUUUGACUUGGUAUCUCUUCACAUUCUUGUCAUAUCUCAAUCAAAACGAUAAAUCUGUUAGUACGGUGAUCAUCCUCAGAAAUCCAUAUAGGUUACACUCAGUUACCUUAUCUGCAUUCCUGGAAUAUGGCAUGGCAAAAUCGUAACUAUUUGAUUGGUUUCAGGUUUAAAAUACUGACCAAUUGCUCGGCUAAUACCUGUCCUUGGAAGAUUUCACAGG